GUGGCUGGUGCUGUGCGGCGGCGUCGCUCCGACUCCGAGUCGGAGUCUGAGGAGCCAGAUCCGAGUCUGAGGAGGAGGAGAAGGAGGAAGGCCGAGCACCGUCGCCAGGCCGCGUCUGUCGCGCCGCGAGGAUGGAGGCCCCCGGCCCGCGCCCCGUGCCGGCCCUCGGUGGCCCCGGCCCGCUGGGCGAGUUCCUGCCGCCGCCUGAGUGCCCGGUCUUCGAGCCCAGCUGGGAGGAGUUCGCCGACCCCUUCGCCUUCAUCCACAAGAUCCGGCCCAUAGCCGAGCAGACCGGGAUCUGCAAGGUGCGGCCGCCGCCGGAUUGGCAACCACCAUUUGCAUGUGAUGUUGACAAACUGCAUUUUACCCCACGUAUCCAGAGACUGAAUGAAUUGGAGGCUCAAACUCGUGUAAAAUUAAAUUUCUUGGAUCAGAUUGCAAAAUACUGGGAAUUACAGGGAAGUACUCUGAAAAUUCCACACGUGGAGAGGAAGAUUUUGGACUUGUUUCAGCUUAAUAAGUUAGUUGCAGAGGAAGGUGGAUUUGCAGUUGUUUGCAAGGAUAGAAAAUGGACCAAAAUUGCCACCAAGAUGGGGUUUGCUCCUGGCAAAGCUGUGGGCUCCCAUAUCAGAGGGCAUUAUGAGCGAAUUCUCAACCCCUACAAUUUAUUCUUGUCUGGAGACAGUUUGAGGUGUCUACAGAAGCCAAACCUGACCACAGACACAAAGGACAAGGAGUACAAACCCCAUGAUAUUCCCCAGAGGCAGUCUGUGCAGCCCUCGGAAACAUGUCCCCCAGCCCGGCGAGCAAAACGCAUGAGGGCAGAGGCCAUGAAUAUUAAAAUAGAACCAGAAGAAACAGCAGAAGCCAGAACUCAUAACCUGAGACGUCGAAUGGGGUGUCCAGCUACAAAGUGUGAAAAUGAGAAAGACCUGAAAAGCAGCAUCAAGCAAGAAGCCCUUGAGAAGAAAGAGUAUGUUAUAGAAAGUGAGAAGGAAAAAUCCAAGAGUCGAGCUAAAAAAACCACCAAUGCCGUGGACCUGUACGUCUGUCUGUUGUGUGGCAGUGGCAGCGAUGAGGACCGGCUUCUCUUGUGUGAUGGGUGUGAUGACAGUUACCAUACCUUCUGCCUGAUCCCACCUCUCCAUGAUGUUCCUAAGGGAGACUGGAGGUGUCCUAAAUGUUUGGCUCAGGAGUGCAGUAAGCCACAAGAAGCAUUUGGCUUUGAACAGGCAGCCAGGGACUAUACCCUGCGUACUUUUGGGGAAAUGGCAGAUGCAUUCAAAUCUGAUUACUUCAACAUGCCAGUCCAUAUGGUUCCCACAGAACUGGUUGAGAAAGAAUUUUGGCGACUGGUGAGCACUAUUGAAGAGGAUGUCACUGUGGAAUAUGGAGCUGAUAUCGCCUCCAAGGAAUUUGGCAGUGGCUUCCCUGUCCGAGAUGGAAAAGUCAAGCUCUCCCCUGAGGAGGAGGAAUAUCUUGAUAGUGGCUGGAAUUUGAACAACAUGCCAGUGAUGGAGCAGUCUGUCCUUGCUCAUAUCACUGCUGAUAUAUGCGGCAUGAAGCUUCCUUGGUUGUAUGUGGGAAUGUGCUUUUCUUCAUUCUGUUGGCAUAUUGAAGACCACUGGAGCUAUUCCAUUAACUACUUACACUGGGGUGAGCCGAAGACAUGGUACGGAGUACCAGGGUUUGCUGCCGAGCAGCUGGAGGCCGUGAUGAAGAGGCUGGCCCCAGAGCUCUUCGUCUCCCAGCCUGACCUCUUGCAUCAGCUUGUCACCAUCAUGAACCCCAACACCCUGAUGACUCACCAAGUGCCUGUUUACCGAACUAAUCAGUGUGCUGGGGAGUUUGUGAUUACGUUUCCAAGAGCCUACCACAGCGGUUUCAAUCAAGGUUUUAAUUUUGCUGAGGCUGUUAACUUCUGCACUGUUGAUUGGUUGCCCUUAGGCCGACAAUGCGUGGAACAUUACCGCCUACUGCAUCGCUAUUGCGUCUUCUCCCAUGAUGAGAUGAUUUGCAGGAUGGCUUCCAAGGCGGACGUACUAGACGUUGUCGUGGCAUCAACUGUUCAGAAAGAUAUGGCCAUCAUGAUUGAGGAUGAGAAGGCUCUAAGAGAAACUGUCCGGAAAUUGGGAGUAAUUGAUUCAGAAAGAAUGGACUUUGAGCUGUUGCCAGAUGACGAGCGUCAGUGUGUAAAAUGCAAAACUACUUGCUUCAUGUCUGCCAUCUCCUGUUCUUGUAAACCUGGCCUGCUUGUUUGCCUGCAUCAUGUAAAAGAAUUAUGUUCCUGUCCUCCUUAUAAAUAUAAACUGCGGUAUAGAUACACUCUAGAUGACCUCUACCCCAUGAUGAAUGCAUUGAAGCUUCGAGCUGAAUCUUACAAUGAAUGGGCCUUGAAUGUGAAUGAAGCUUUGGAGGCAAAGAUCAAUAAAAAGAAAAGCCUUGUCAGCUUUAAGGCUUUGAUUGAAGAAUCUGAGAUGAAGAAAUUCCCAGACAACGAUCUUUUACGUCACCUCCGCUUAGUCACACAGGAUGCCGAGAAGUGUGCCUCUGUCGCACAGCAGCUGCUUAACGGCAAAAGGCAGACGAGAUACCGAUCUGGGGGAGGGAAAUCCCACAACCAGCUGACGGUGAAUGAGCUCCGGCAGUUUGUGACACAGCUGUAUGCUCUUCCCUGUGUUCUUAGCCAGACUCCACUGCUGAAGGAUCUCUUGAAUCGUGUAGAAGAUUUCCAACAGCAUAGCCAGAAAUUGCUCUCUGAGGAGAUGCCCAGUGCUGCUGAGCUGCAAGAUUUGCUAGAUGUCAGCUUUGAGUUUGAUGUUGAGCUUCCACAGCUUGCUGAGAUGCGUACCCGUCUGGAGCAGGCCCAUUGGCUGGAAGAGGUGCAGCAAGCUUGCUUAGACCCCAGCUCCCUCACCUUGGAUGAUAUGAGACGUCUCAUAGACUUGGGGGUGGGUCUGGCCCCAUAUUCAGCUGUGGAGAAAGCAAUGGCUCGGCUUCAGGAACUGCUCACGGUGUCAGAGCACUGGGAUGACAAAGCCAGGAGCCUCCUCAAGGCCAGGCCUCGGCAUUCGUUGAACAGCCUUGCAACAGUGGUGAAAGAGAUGGAGGAGAUCCCCGCGUACCUGCCCAGCGGUGCAGCUCUGAAGGACUCUGUGCAGAGAGCCAGAGACUGGCUUCAGGACGUAGAGGCCCUGCAGGUUGGCGGACGUGUGCCAGUUUUGGACACACUGAUAGAGCUUGUUACGCGAGGCCGAUCCAUCCCUGUGCAUCUGAGUUCUUUACCGAGGCUGGAGUCACUAGUAGCUGAGGUUCAUGUUUGGAAAGAAUGUGCUGCUAACACAUUCUUGACUGAGAAUUCAUCCUUUUCUCUCUUAGAGGUGCUGUGUCCUCGAUGUGAUGUUGGCCUUUUGGGGUUGAAGAGGAAGCAGAGAAAGUUAAAGGAGCCCUUGCCAAGCGGCAGGAAGAAAAGCCCUAGAGUAGAGAGUCUGAGUGACUUGGAGAGAGCUCUGAUGGAAAGCAGAGAGACUGCUUCUGCUAUGGCAACCCUCGGGGAAGCUCGCUUACGGGAAAUGGAGGCCUUGCAGUCUCUCAGACUAGCCAAUGAAGGGAAGCUGCUGUCACCUGUCCAGGAUGUGGACAUGAAGGUCUGCCUGUGUCAGAAGGCCCCGGCUGCCCCCAUGAUCCAGUGUGAACUCUGCAGGGAUGCUUUCCACACUAGCUGUGUGGCAGUGCCCAGCAUUUCGCAGGGCCCCCGAAUCUGGCUUUGUCCCCACUGUCAGAGGUCAGAGAAACCCCCGCUAGAGAAAAUUCUGCCCCUGCUGGCCUCUCUCCAGCGCAUUCGAGUUCGGCUUCCUGAGGGCGAUGCACUUCGGUAUAUGAUUGAAAGAACCGUGAACUGGCAGCACAGAGCUCGGCAGCUGCUUUCGUCAGGGAACCUCAAGCCUGUGCAGGACCGCGUGGGCUCAGGACUAUUAUGUGGCAGGUGGCAGGCUACAGCGGUACAGGUGCCAGAUACAAGCAAGGCAUCACAGCCUCCUGGCACCAUGUCCUUUUCCUUGCCUGAUGACUGGGACAGUAGGACCUCGUAUUUACACUCUCCCUUCUCUACUGGACGGAGCUGCAUCCCCCUUCACGGCAUCAGUCCAGAAGUGAACGAGCUGCUGAUGGAAGCCCAGCUGCUCCAGGUGUCCCUUCCUGAAAUUCAGGAACUCUACCAGACGCUGCUGGCAAAGCCAAGUCCCACGCAGCAAGCUGGCCGAAGCUCUCCCAUCAGAACCAGCAGUGAGAAGAGUGAUGGCUGCCGCGGGAAGCGGGACAGCAUCGGCGGCGGUCUGGAGAGGAAACUGAAGAGACGCCUGGAAAGAGAAGGCCUCUCCAGUGAGCGGUGGGAUCGAGUCACAAAAAUGCGGACCCCUAAAAAGAAGAAGCUGAAACUGAGCCACCCCAAGGAUACGAACAAUUUCCAGUUAGAGAGAGAGCGUAGCUGUGAGUUAGCCCAUCCUGCCGACAUGCACUCCCUACCCUCAGACACGUCCUACUCGGAGCAGGAGGACUCUGAGGACGAGGACGCCAUCUGCCCGGCCGUCAGCUGCCUGCAGCCGGAAGGAGACGAGGUGGACUGGGUCCAGUGUGAUGGCAGCUGCAAUCGGUGGUUCCAUCAGGUCUGUGUUGGUGUCUCUCCCGAGACGGCCGAGAAGGAGGACUACAUGUGUGCGCGCUGCGCUGCGACGGACGCGCCGGGCCGGAGAGAAAACAAACAGACCCACUUACUGUAAUUCAGGACUCGGCCAGAGGACUCCUCCAGUGUCUCAGCAGAGCUGCAGGACUGGCCUUCAAACCAGCCUGUAAACGGUGCUAUUUCUAUUCCUUACGGGAUCAUUUUUCCAGAACUCUUUGAAAAAAAGAAAAAACGACUAAAAAAUUUUUUGACACUUUUUGUAUUUUUUUCCUUAAGAGCUGUUUGUGAUUGUUGAGGUUUGAAACGAUGACUGUUUUUUGCAGGGGUUUCCACCAAUUUGGAAGGAUUGGAGCUUGCACCUUUUCAUGUACAGCAUUAAAAUCUUACCUCUUUCUGGGAUUUACCGGCUUAGGAGUCCAACUCGGUUUCAGUGCCCAGAAGGGCACCAGAAGUUCCAGUAAAUCCUCAUUUGGGGAAUUUCUCUCUUGUUUACUCUGUUACCAUAUUGGGGAGCUUAAGUUUUUCAUUUUUGGGGGUUUUGUUCAUUCCUUUUCUUUAUUCACUUUUCUUUUUCCUGAUAGAUUAGGUUUAUUUAUCUAAGCAAUAACUUCCAUGUUGGUUUCAGUGGCUGGAAUUAAAACAAAACAAAACAAACAGCGUGUUGGUGCUUUAGCAUCUGGUCGAUGUCAGAACACAAACGUCUGGUUUCUAAUGUCACUGGUGACCUAGUGAUGUAGAAAAAGACUGCUCUGUAAGUACCUGCCACAGCUAAUGUUUGGCUCGCUCCUUGCCUCGUCCCUCCUCUCCUGUUUUUUGGUAUCUUGUAUCAAAUGUUGCAGUUUAUAUUGUGGAAUAAAUCCUUGGUCCUAAUAUAAUACUAAAUGCUGGUUAUUUAGAGCCAUAAGCCUGCUGCCGCUGGUGCCCCUCCACCCCGUGGCUUUGAAGAGCUGGAAGGGGUUGCUUGCUUGUUGUGCCUCUGCCCAGCCAGGCUGCAGUAGCAGCAGAGGGUAGCCUGCAGGCACUGGGGGCUUCUUUUGUAUCCUGUUCUGUUUGGUGCACCGUAUGCCUCCAGUCCCCACUAACCAAGACCCCCUUUCCUUCCAUCUUUGAGGAACAGAACCUGUCUUUAAAGCCAUGCUGUUUUUAAAUAAGCUUUCUCAUAAUGUUGGCAGAUCACGCCAACCCUCAGAUGAGACUCCCACUCCUCGCGAGAGUGGUGUCUUGGUUAUGUUAGAGGUGGAGGCAGGGAGACUUGGUUUAGGGUAAGAUGUCUGAAGGAAUUGCAUCCUCUCAGAGGGUAGGUGAGCGUGAGUUGGGGGCCGCUGUGACCACCCAGACUCUUCGUCCCAGCUCCCUGCCCAUCUGGCUCUCUACCAUUACUGCUCAUGGCCAGUCCAGAGCCUUCCCUCCUCUUCUUUUUAAAGGCCUCUCUCUCCUGCAGUGGAAAAGACAUUCUGAUGAACAGACUCUUGCUUGCUUUUUUCCUGUCCUGUUGCUAAUAAUACCUGUUUUCCCUACAUUCUAUAGCCAUAAACUUGAAGAUGGGUAGAAAGAGUGGGUCCUUAAUAAAACAAAAAAACAGCAGUUUGUGAUGUAGCAGAGAUUUAAAUGUACUACCCCCUUUUAUGCAAUUCAAAUAAUUAAAUCUUUUUAAGAAUGAA